AUGAGUAAACAACAACAGAAACAACAAAAACCACCAGUAGAACAACACCAACAUAAAAGAAAGAAACCAGUUGUAGAAGAGGAAGAAAUAUCAGAAGAAGAAGAGAUUAUAGAUGAAGAGGAACUUAGUCUUGAUGAUUUAAAAGAACAAUUUAAGAUGAUGGUCUCAAUGAUUAAAGAAAAUGAAAGAGAUAUGAUCGAGUUUACAAGUUAUGUUUGCAAUCAAUUGAAUGUUAAAAUCGAUGAACACAAGAACCCUGCAGAAGAUGAAUCGAUGCAAGACAAUAUCUUGGCUACCAUCAUUCAAGAUUUGAAAGAAGAAUUACCAUCAUUGGAUACAAAAGCACCAAAUGAAAAUAUUAUUAUACCAAAGAAUGAAAAUUUUAAAGAUUAUACAAAAGAAAAUACAGUAUCAGUUGAUGGAUUCUUGUAUAGUGAAUCUGAUGUUGAUGAAUUAAUAGAACGUGGUAAACUUGCAAAUAAUUAUUGUUUGGAUUGUAAUUCUCAUAAUACUUCUCCUCUAAAUUUCAUAUCACAUUCAACAUCACCAAUACAAUUAAAAUAUAUAUUUGGUAAACAGGUAUUGGGUAAUUUGAAAAACAAGACUGUAUUGGAUAUUGGUUCAAGAUUGGGAGCAGUAUUGUAUAGUGGAUAUUUGUUUAGCGAUGCCAAACAGUUGAUUGGUCUCGAGAUCGACCCAUUCUUUUGCAAGUUGCAAGAAAAGAUGGUUGCAAAGUAUCAAAUGGAGGACCGUGUAACCUUGGUCCAAGGCGACGUGUUCAAGGUGGGCGAUAAACACAUAGAGGCUGCCAAUGUCAUCUUUAUGAACAAUGUAUUAGAGUUUUUUGAAGCCGACCGAGCCAAACACAUUGCCUUUUGGAACAACCUAAAGAAACUAACAGCCGCCAAAAAGGGAAUGCAGAUUGUCACCAUCCCCGCCAUCGAAGAUACUUUUAAAUCCAACAAACUAGGAUUAUCAAUCAAAGGUUGGUUAAAACGUGAACAAAUUGUACCUCCCGAUCAUAUCCAUCCAGAUGAUCAAGAGUUUGAUGAUUAUAAAGAAAUCUGUCUCUAUCGUGUUAUUUAA